AUGGACAUGAUGUCGGCAGGCACGGCUUCAUUCGCGGCCGCCACGGCGUCCGGCUCGGACAUUCACUCCAAUCUCAGCUCGACCUUUGCCGCAACUUCCUCCUCUUCUCUAGGAUCCCUCACCGACUACAACAACUACCCGCUCGCGCGAUAUGGCGACCGUACCUACCUCCGCGACCCUGAAAACCUCUAUCCGCUUCCAUGCGACUUGCCCGAGAUCCACCGUCAGAGCUUGCGCACGACGAUGCUGCUGCGCGUGUUUGGCGGCCCGUUUUGCAACCCCCACCUUGCCAAUCGCCCCCCGAAACGCGUCCUGGAGAUCGCCUGCGGGUCGGGGUUGUGGUCCGGCUUGUGUCACGAGUACUUUGUCCGUCGUGGACAGCCCAACGUUGCCUUUGUCGGCAUCGAUUUUGUCUCGCUGGCGCCGGACAUGCGCAAGCAAGGAAUGAACUGGCAAUUUAAACGACACGAUUUGCGGAGACCCCGCUUACCUUUCCCCGAUGACUACUUCGAUCUAGUCUUUAUCAAGGACGCCGGCAUGUGCCCGUCCAGCCCGGCACAGCACGCCUCGGGCUUGGAAGAACCGCUUCGAGUUCUCAAAUCGGGUGGCGUAUUGGAAGUCUGGGAUUCGGACUGGGUAUUCCGCUCACUGCUCCCCAAUCCGGCGCCGGCUCGAAAGUCCUCGGUGCAUGCCCAAGAGACGGCUGAUUCAACCGCCACCUAUACAUUCUCACCUGCCACGCCAUUCACCCAAGCACAAAACAAGUAUCUGGUCGAUUACAACUCCUGGGUUGAGAAGUCAUUCGACCGGCGCAAACUCACAGCUCUACCAUGCGCCACCAUCGGCCUCGCUUUCAACUCCGAGGUGGAUCUGUUGGAGAAUGUUGAAAGCCGCCGCAUCGCAAUUCCACUUGGGGAUCUGCGCUGGGAGCGAGAAGGCCAAGGCAACGACUCCAAAGGCCGUGCCCGGAAGGCUUUGACUCCAGAACAAAUAGCCAUUCGGCGAACGGCCCUUCUCACCGUAGUCCAAAUGAUCGAGGGCAUGGAGCCCAUGCUCAUGGAGGCUAGUGGGAAGGGUCGCGACGAGUGGGACCGAUGGUGGGCAGCGAUGACCACCGACUUUUUCCAAAAGGGAGGUCUCGCCAGCGGCGAGUGUCUCGAAGUGAGUGCCUGGUGGGGUCAAAAGAGAUAA